AUGAGCAUAUUUUGUGUAUUCUUCGAUGGUUAUAUUGUGCCAUACAAUUUAUACAACAAAAACGAUCUCCUCAUGGAUCUAUUUGCAGAGUACUUCGUAAAUCGAAGCACAAUAUCUCUCCACCUAUUCAAUUUAUCGAAAUCUGUUAGGACUUGUGCUGAGCCUAGGAAAAUAAAGAAGAUUGAGUCGGACACACAUCAAAGAUUGUUGCUUGCGUUACUGGGGACUGAUGAGAAGAUUUUCAUAUGCAUUUUCUCCAAAAUAAGCAGGCCACGGUUGGCUACUAUUUUUUCUUCUUAUCAUAGCAAGCAUGGCGGGUCACUGAAAAAGGCCAUAAAAAGUGAAACCUCGGGACGCUUUAAGUUUGCCCUUUUGACUAUAUUAAAGUGUGCUGAAAACCCUGGGAAGUACUUUGCUAAGGUACUGCACAAGGUAAUGAAGGGCAUGGGAACAGAUGAUACAACACUUACUAGAGUAAUAGUGACUCGAGCAGAUAUUGAUAUGCAAUACAUAAAAGUAGAGUACGAAAAGAAACACGAAAAAUCUCUGAUUGAUGCAAUUCAUUCAGAAACAUCAAGCCAUUACAGGACAUUUCUUCUCUCUCUCUAUUGGACUGAGGCAACGCAACUAGACAAGCCUGCCCUAUUUUACGAACUGUUCUUAUAUAAAACAAGAUCCUCAACAAUGGAAUUGCUAGGGCUUGCUGCUGCUAUCCAUUUUCUUUUAGGGUUUGAAAAUGCGGAUGGUGUUGGGGGUGUAGCAUAUUUUCGAAGGUGGAGGUACGACGAUUUGUCAAAGCUGUCGUUGGAGAAGAAAGGCCUCAUGGGAUUUUGA